AUGAUUCCACCAAGUACAUCAACACAUGCACCCAAUUUCAAAGCAUCAAUAGGGCACGUUGGUUGUGCUGGUGGUGGACACGGUGAUCCAAUAGGUGGUUUUGGAGUAGGAGGUGUAAUAACUGGCGGUGUUGGUGUUGGCGGAGUAAUAACUGGUGGUUUUGGUGUUGGUGGUGUAAUCACUGGUGGUGUGGGUGGAGUAGUUGUUGGCGGUUUUGGAGUUGGAGGUGUAAUAACUGGCGGUGUCGGUGUUGGCGGAGUAAUAACUGGUGGUGUUGGUGUUGGUGGUGUAAUCACCGGUGGUGUGGGUGGAGUAGUUGUUGGCGGUUUUGGAGUUGGAGGUGUAAUAACUGGCGGUGUUGGUGUUGGCGGAGUAAUAACGGGUGGUUUUGGUGUUGGUGGUGUAAUCACUGGUGGUGUGGGUGGAGUAGUUGUUGGCGGUUUUGGAGUUGGAGGUGUAAUAACUGGCGGUGUUGGUGUCGGCGGAGUAAUAACGGGUGGUGUUGGUGGUGUAACCACUGGUGGUGUGGGUGGAGUACUUGUUGGCGGUUUUGGAGUUGGAGGUGUAAUAACUGGCGGUGUUGGUGUCGGCGGAGUAAUAACGGGUGGUGUUGGUGUUGGUGGUGUAAUCACUGGUGGUGUGGGUGGAGUAGUUGGUGGUUUUGGAGUUGGAGGUGUAAUAACUGGCGGUGUCGGUGUUGGUGGACUAAUAACUGGUGGUUUUGGUGUUGGUGGUGUAAUCGCUGGUGGUGUGGGUGGAGUAGUUGUUGGCGGUUUCGGAGUUGGAGGUGUAAUAACUGGCGGUGUUGGUGUUGGCGGACUAAUAACUGGUGGUUUUGGUGUUGGUGGUGUAAUCACUGGUGGUGUGGGUGGAGUAGUUGUUGGCGGUUUUGGAGUAGGAGGUGUAAUAAUUGGCGGUGUUGGUGUUGGCGGAGUAAUAACUGGUGGUUUUGGUGUUGGUGGUGUAAUCACUGGUGGUGUGGGUGGAGUAGUUGUUGGCGGUUUUGGAGUUGGAGGUGUAAUAACUGGCGGUGUUGGUGUUGGGGGACUAAUAACGGGUGGUUUUGGUGUUGGUGGUGUAAUCACUGGUGGUGUGGGUGGAGUAGUUGGCGGUUUUGGAGUUGGAGGUGUAAUAAUUGGCGGUGUUGGUGUUGGCGGACUAAUAACUGGUGGUUUUGGUGUUGGUGGUGUAAUCACUGGUGGUGUGGGUGGAGUAGUUGUUGGCGGUUUUGGAGUUGGAGGUGUAAUAACUGGCGGUGUUGGUGUUGGCGGAGUAAUAACUGGUGGUGUUGGUGUUGGUGGUGUAAUCACUGGUGGUGUGGGUGGAGUAGUUGUUGGCGGUUUUGGAGUUGGAGGUGUAAUAACUGGCGGAGUUGGUGUUGGCGGAGUAAUAACGGGUGGUGUUGGUGUUGGUGGUGUAAUCACUGGUGGUGUGGGUGGAGUAGUUGUUGGCGGUUUUGGAGUUGGAGGUGUAAUAACUGGCGGUGUUGGUGUCGGCGGACUAAUAACUGGUGGUUUUGGUGUUGGUGGUGUGGGUGGAGUAGUUGGCGGUUUUGGAGAAGGAGGUGUAAUAAUUGGCGGUGUUGGUGUUGGCGGAGUAAUAACUGGUGGUGUUGGUGUUGGUGGUGUAAUCACUGGUGGUGUGGGUGGAGUAGUUGUUGGCGGUUUUGGAGUUGGAGGUGUAAUAAUUGGCGGCGUUGGUGUUGGCGGAGUAAUAACUGGUGGUUUUGGUGUUGGUGGUGUAAUCACUGGUGGUGUGGGUGGAGUAGUUGUUGGCGGUUUUGGAGUUGGAGGUGUAAUAACAGGCGGUGUUGGUGUCGGCGGAGUAAUAACGGGUGGUGUUGGUGUCGGCGGUGUAAUCACUGGCGGUGUAGGUGGAGUAGUUGUUGGCGGUUUUGGAGUUGGAGGUGUAAUAACUGGAGGUGUCGGUGUUGGCGGACUAAUAACUGGUGGUUUUGGUGUUGGUGGUGUAAUCACUGGUGGUGUGGGUGGAGUAGUUGUUGGCGGUUUUGGAGAUGGAGGUGUAAUAAUUGGCGGUGUUGGUGUUGGCGGAGUAAUAAUUGGUGGUGUUGGUGUUGGUGGUGUAAUCACUGGUGGUGUGGGUGGAGUAGUUGUUGGCGGUUUUGGAGUUGGAGGUGUAAUAAUUGGCGGUGUUGGUGUUGGCGGAGUAAUAACCGGUGGUUUUGGUGUUGGUGGUGUAAUCACUGGUGGUGUGGGUGGAGUAGUUGUUGGCGGUUUUGGAGUUGGAGGUGUAAUAAUUGGCGGACUAAUAACUGGUGGUUUUGGUGUUGGUGGUGUAAUCACUGGUGGUGUGGGUGGAGUAGUUGUUGGCGGUUUUGGAGUUGGAGGUGUAAUAAUUGGCGGUGUUGGUGUUGGCGGAGUAAUAACUGGUGGUGUUGGUGUUGGUGGUGUAAUCACUGGUGGUGUGGGUGGAGUAGUUGUUGGCGGUUUUGGAGUUGGAGGUAUAAUAACUGGCGGUGUUGGUGUUGGCGGAGUAAUAAUGGGUGGUUUUGGUGUUGGUGGUGUAAUCACUGGUGGUGUGGGUGGAGUAGUUGUUGGCGGUUUUGGAGUUGGAGGUGUAAUAACUGGCGGUGUUGGUGUCGGCGGAGUAAUAACGGGUGGUGUUGGUGUUGGUGGUGUGGGUGGAGUACUUGUUGGCGGUUUUGGAGUUGGAGGUGUAAUAACUGGCGGUGUUGGUGUCGGAGGAGUAAUAACUGGUGGUGUUGGUGUUGGUGGUGUAAUCACUGGUGGUGUGGGUGGAGUAGUUGGUGGUUUUGGAGUUGGAGGUGUAAUAACUGGCGGUGUUGGUGGACUAAUAACUGGUGGUUUUGGUGUUGGUGGUGUAAUCACUGGUGGUGUGGGUGGAGUAGUUGUUGGCGGUUUUGGAGUUGGAGGUGUAAUAAUUGGCGGUGUUGGUGUUGGCGGACUAAUAACUGGUGGUUUUGGUGUUGGUGGUGUAAUCACUGGUGGUGUGGGUGGAGUAGUUGUUGGCGGUUUUGGAGUUGGAGGUGUAAUAACUGGCGGUGUUGGUGUUGGCGGACUAAUAACUGGUGGUUUUGGUGUUGGUGGUGUAAUCACUGGUGGUGUGGGUGGAGUAGUUGUUGGCGGUUUUGGAGUUGGAGGUGUAAUAACUGGCGGUGUUGGUGUUGGCGGAGUAAUAACUGGUGGUUUUGGUGUUGGUGGUGUGGGUGGAGUAGUUGUUGGCGGUUUUGGAGUUGGAGGUGUAAUAAUUGGCGGUGUUGGUGUUGGCGGAGUAAUAACGGGUGGUUUUGGUGUUGGUGGUGUAAUCACUGGUGGUGUGGGUGGAGUAGUUGUUGGCGGUUUUGGAGUUGGAGGUGUAAUAAUUGGCGGUGUUGGUGUCGGCGGAGUAUUAACGGGUGGUGUUGGUGUUGGUGGAGUAGUUGUUGGCGGUUUUGGAGUUGGAGGUGUAAUAACUGGCGGUGUUGGUGUCGGCGGAGUAAUAGUGGGUGGUGUUGGUGUUGGUGGUGUGGGUGGAGUAGUUGUUGGCGGUUUUGGAGUUGGAGGUGUAAUAAUUGGAGGUGUUGGUGUUGGCGGACUAAUAACCGGUGGUUUUGGUGUUGGUGGUGUAAUCACUGGUGGUGUGGGUGGAGUAGUUGUUGGCGGUUUUGGAGAUGGAGGUGUAAUAAUUGGCGGUGUUGGUGUUGGCGGAGUAAUAACUGGUGGUGUUGGUGUCGGUGGUGUAAUCACUGGUGGUGUGGGUGGAGUAGAUGUUGGCGGUUUUGGAGUUGGAGGUGUAAUAAUUGGCGGUGUUGGUGUUGGCGGACUAAUAACUGGUGGUUUUGGUGUUGGUGGUGUAAUCACUGGUGGUGUGGGUGGAGUAGUUGUUGGCGGUUUUGGAGUUGGAGGUGUAAUAAUUGGUGGUGUUGGUGUUGGCGGACUAAUAACUGGUGGUUUUGGUGUUGGUGGUGUAAUCACUGGUGGUGUGGGUGGAGUAGUUGUUGGCGGUUUUGGAGUUGGAGGUGUAAUAAUUGGCGGUGUUGGUGUUGGCGGAGUAAUAACUGGUGGUGUUGGUGUUGGUGGUGUAAUCACUGGUGGUGUGGGUGGAGUAGUUGUUGGCGGUUUUGGAGUUGGAGGUGUAAUAACUGGCGGUGUUGGUGUUGGCGGAGUAAUAACGGGUGGUGUGGGUGGAGUAGUUGUUGGCGGUUUUGGAGUUGGAGGUGUAAUAACUGGCGGUUUUGGAGUUGGAGGUGUAAUAACUGGCGGUGUUGGUGUCGGCGGAGUAAUAACUGGUGGUGUUGGUGUCGGUGGUGUUAUCACUGGUGGUGUGGGUGGAGUAGUUGUUGGCGGUUUUGGAGUUGGAGGUGUAAUAACUGGCGGUGUUGGUGUCGGCGGAGUAAUAACGGGUGGUGUUGGUGGUGUAAUCACUGGUGGUGUGGGUGGAGUAGUUGUUGGCGGUUUUGGAGUUGGAGGUGUAAUAACUGGCGGUGUUGGUGUCGGCGGAGUAAUAACUGGUGGUGUUGGUGUUGGUGGUGUAAUCACUGGUGGUGUGGGUGGAGUAGUUGUUGGCGGUUUUGGAGUUGGAGGUGUAAUAACUGGUGGUGUUGGUGUUGGUGGAGUAAUAACUGGUGGUUUUGGUGUUGGUGGUGUAAUCACUGGUGGUGUGGGUGGAGUAGUUGUUGGCGGUUUUGGAGUUGGAGGUGUAAUAACUGGCGGUGUUGGCGUUGGCGGAGUAUUAACCGGUGGUGUUGGUGUUGGUGGUGUAAUCACUGGUGGUGUGGGUGGAGUAGUUGUUGGCGGUUUUGGAGUUGGAGGUGUAAUAACUGGCGGUGUUGGUGAUGGCGGAGUAAUAACGGGUGGUGUUGGUGGUGUAAUGACUGGUGGUGUGGGUGGAGUAGUAGUUGGCGGUUUUGGAGUUGGAGGUGUAAUAACUGGCGGUGUUGGUGUCGGCGGAGUAAUAACAGGUGGUGUUGGUGUUGGUGGUGUGGGUGGAGUAGUUGUUGGCGGUUUUGGAGUUGGAGGUGUAAUAACUGGCGGUGUUGGUGUCGGCGGAGUAAUAACGGGUGGUGUUGGUGUUGGCGGUGUAAUCACUGGCGGUGUUGGUGGAGUAGUUGUUGGCGGUUUUGGAGUUGGAGGUGUAAUAACUGGAGGUGUUGGUGUUGGCGGACUAAUAACAGGUGGUUUUGGUGUUGGUGGUGUAAUCACUGGUGGUGUGGGUGGAGUAGUUGUUGGCGGUUUUGGAGUUGGAGGUGUAAUAAUUGGUGGUGUUGGUGUUGGCGGAGUAAUAACGGGUGGUGUUGGUGUUGGUGGUGUUAUCACUGGUGGUGUGGGUGGAGUAGUUGUUGGCGGUUUUGGAGUUGGAGGUGUAAUAACUGGCGGUGUUGGUGUCGGCGGAGUAAUAACUGGUGGUGUUGGUGUUGGUGGUGUUAUCACUGGUGGUGUGGGUGGAGUAGUUGUUGGCGGUUUUGGAGUUGGAGGUGUAAUAACUGGCGGUGUUGGUGUCGGCGGAGUAAUAACGGGUGGUGUUGGUGGUGUAAUCACUGGUGGUGUGGGUGGAGUAGUUGUUGGCGGUUUUGGAGUUGGAGGUGUAAUAACUGGCGGUGUUGGUGUUGGCGGAGUAAUAACUGGUGGUGUUGGUGUUGGUGGUGUAAUCACUGGUGGUGUGGGUGGAGUAGUUGUUGGCGGUUUUGGAGUUGGAGGUGUAAUAACUGGCGGUGUUGGUGUCGGCGGAGUAAUAACGGGUGGUGUUGGUGUUGGUGGUGUAAUCACUGGUGGUGUGGGUGGAGUAGUUGUCGGCGGUUUUGGAGUUGGAGGUGUAAUAACUGGCGGUGUUGGUGUCGGCGGAGUAAUAACUGGUGGUGUUGGUGUUGGUGGUGUAAUCACUGGUGGUGUGGGUGGAGUAGUUGUUGGCGGUUUUGGAGUUGGAGGUGUAAUAAUUGGCGGUGUUGGUGUUGGCGGAGUAAUAACGGGUGGUGUCGGUGUUGGUGGUGUAAUCACUGGUGGUGUGGGUGGAGUAGUUGUUGGCGGUUUUGGAGUUGGAGGUGUAAUAACUGGCGGUGUUGGUGUUGGUGUCGGCGGAGUAAUAACGGGUGGUGUCGGUGUUGGUGGUGUAAUCACUGGUGGUGUGGGUGGAGUAGUUGUUGGCGGUUUUGGAGUUGGAGGUGUAAUAACUGGCGGUGUUGGUGUUGGUGUCGGCGGAGUAAUAACGGGUGGUGUCGGUGUUGGUGGUGUAAUCACUGGUGGUGUGGGUGGAGUAGUUGUUGGCGGUUUUGGAGUUGGAGGUGUAAUAACUGGCGGUGUUGGUGUUGGCGGAGUAAUAACGGGUGGUGUUGGUGUUGGUGGUGUAAUCACUGGUGGUGUGGGUGGAGUAGUUGUUGGCGGUUUUGGAGUUGGAGGUGUAAUAAUUGGCGGUGUUGGUGUCGGCGGAGUAAUAACGGGUGGUGUUGGUGUUGGUGUUGGUGGUGUAAUCACUGGUGGUGUGGGUGGAGUAGUUGUUGGCGGUUUUGGAGUUGGAGGUGUAAUAACUGGCGGUGUUGGUGUCGGCGGAGUAAUAACGGGUGGUGUUGGUGUUGGUGGUGUAAUCACUGGUGGUGUGGGUGGAGUAGUUGGUGGUUUUGGAGUUGGAGGUGUAAUAACUGGCGGUGUUGGUGGACUAAUAACUGGUGGUUUUGGUGUUGGUGGUGUAAUCACUGGUGGUGUGGGUGGAGUAGUUGUUGGCGGUUUUGGAGUUGGAGGUGUAAUAACUGGCGGUGUUGGUGUUGGCGGAGUAAUAACUGGUGGUUUUGGUGUUGGUGGUGUAAUCACUGGUGGUGUGGGUGGAGUAGUUGUUGGCGGUUUUGGAGUUGGAGGUGUAAUAAUUGGCGGUGUUGGUGUUGGCGGACUAAUAACUGGUGGUUUUGGUGUUGGUGGUGUAAUCACUGGUGGUGUGGGUGGAGUAGUUGUUGGCGGUUUUGGAGAUGGAGGUGUAAUAAUUGGCGGUGUUGGUGUUGGCGGAGUAAUAACUGGUGGUGUGGGUGGAGUAGUUGUUGGCGGUUUUGGAGUUGGAGGUGUAAUAACUGGCGGUGUUGGUGUCGGCGGAGUAAUAACUGGUGGUGUUGGUGUUGGUGGUGUAAUCACUGGUGGUGUGGGUGGAGUAGUUGGUGGUUUUGGAGUUGGAGGUGUAAUAACUGGCGGUGUUGGUGUUGGUGGACUAAUAACUGGUGGUUUUGGUGUUGGUGGUGUAAUCACUGGUGGUGUGGGUGGAGUAGUUGUUGGCGGUUUUGGAGUUGGAGGUGUAAUAAUUGGCGGUGUUGGUGUUGGCGGACUAAUAACUGGCGGUUUUGGUGGAGUAGUUGUUGGCGGUUUUGGUGUUGGUGGCGUAACCACUGGCGGUGUUGGUGUUGGCGGUGUAAUCACUGGCGGUGUUGGUGUUGGCGGUGUAAUCACUGGCGGUGUUGGUGGAGUAGUUGUUGGCGGUUUGGGAGUUGGUGGCGUAACCACCGGCGGUGUUGGUGUCGGUGGUGUAAUCACUGGCGGUGUGGGUGGAGUAGUUGUUGGCGGUUUGGGAGUUGGUGGCGUAACCACCGGCGGUGUUGGUGUCGGUGGUGUAAUCACUGGCGGUGUUGGUGGAGUAGUUGUUGGCGGUUUUGGUGUUGGCGGCGUAACCACCGGAGGUGUUGGUGGUGUAAUCACUGGCGGUGUUGGUGUUGGCGGCGUAGUCACUGGCGGUGUUGGUGGAGGAGUUUUUGGUGGCGUAAUCACCGGUGGUUUAGGACCAUGA